CCCCUCAUUCGACCGUUGCAUCCUCCUCAACAAAACACCCCCAUUCCAUUAUCUCUCUGUAUUUUUUUCAGAAAGCUCUACGAAGAAGGUGGAGGAAUGGAAAUGGCAGAUGAUUUGAUGUUUAGUGCAGAAGAGCUGAGAGUCGAUGAUGGCCUAGGCUACCCGAAAGCUUAUGCUAAGCUCUGUCGAGAUCGAGGUUUUGGUCCCUACUCCCAUGGACCUCCUUUUACUUUCACUCCAUUUGCUCUCCAAUCGCACCAGGCUUUGAGAGCCAAGGAGCUAGAUGAGUUGUUUCCAAUUAUAGAUCUGAAAGCAAAACCUUCUGCAAAACCAAAGAUUUUUGUGAACCUACUAUGGAAGCAACUCAACCAUCUUGGGAAUGCUGGUUUUGAUCCCGAGUCUUUCAGAGUGGACUCCUAUGGCAAUGUUCUUUAUUUCCAUGCUGAUUCUGCUUCUCCUCUUGCUUGGGAUAUUGAUCAUUGGUUCCCUUGCUCAAGAGGAGGAUUGACUGUUUCAAGUAAUCUAAGGUUAUUACAAUGGCAAGUAUGCAAGAAGAAGCAUCACAAGCUCGAGUUUUUAGUUCCAUGGUGGGAUCUUCAAGUGGGUAUAUCAGUCAACCAGUUCCUGUCAAUAUUUGCUUCUUCAAACUCAGAUUUUAGGCAGAGGGGGUUUUAUCUACUGUUUAGUAAUGGCGAAAGUGAAGAACUUAAUUCUACACAAACAGUUGAUUCACAUUGUUUUCCACAACCUUUUAACGAAUCACAGAAGAAAUUGGGUCUUGCUCCAGCUGCCAUUGUUGUAUCCAGAAAGGAAUCCAACAUUAUGACAGCUGCAAGAAAAUCAAGAUCGAAUAUGUCAAAAGAAAAUGAAAAUCCAGAAAUGGUGAUGAACCCUUAUCAAGCUAUUGUCAUUGCUAGAGAUUCACUGAGACAGAAUGAAGAAACAGUCAAGAAGCAGAAAGAAAUUGAGAAACUAGAUGAAGAAGUAAUGGAAUUGAAACAAAAGAAUGAAGAAGAAAGAACUUCAAUCCAAGAUCUUGAAUUGGUGUUAAUCAAGAAAAGAAGGCGUGCAGAAAAAUGUCGGCGUUUAGCAGAAGCACAAGCUUCAUAUAAAUCAAUGCUAGAAAAGAUGAUAAGAGACGCUAUGCAUCAGAGUGUUGUUUAUAAAGAACAAGUGAGGUUGAAUCAAGCAGCAAGUAAUUCACUCAUGGCUAGGCUUGAAGCUCAGAAAGCCAUUUGUGACUCAUCAGAAAGAGAGCUUCACAAGAAAUUUAAGCAUAGAGAUGAAUUAGAGAAACAAAUCAGACCCGAAUUGGAACAAACAAGGAAAAGAUCAAGAAUGGAUGGGAAAGAUGAUAAAAUGGUGUUAUAUCAACAGCCCGAAAGCAAAGAAAGCCAAGAACCACUUCAAGAUUUAGCUUUACUUCAAGAAAAAGAUGACAACACUGUUUUAUACUUGCCAGGAUCUAACUCUGAACACAAGCAAUUAAGGGUGUUUUUGGAAGAGGAGCAUAAAGAGUCUGAAGCAGAGAUAGAAAGAAAUGAAGAACCUAUAGAUGACAUCGACAUUGAUAAUGGCAAAAAGAUGGAAAGAUUGAGACUAGACGAGAAUGGAGUCUCGUAUGACAUUAGGUUUCCAGAAGAUGAAGAUGAAGAGAAAAGAAAGCAACGUGGAAAGGGUAACGUUGAAAAAUGGCUUCAAAUACUAUUGGAAGAAGAGGGUGGUACUAGUACUCAUGACAACAUUCACAUUAACACUUCAAAUGCUUCAAAUGGUAACAAGACAGAUGAAAUCAUAAGAAAGAUGAAUUUAAAGUAUCCCCAAAAAGAAACCUUGAAAAAUGAGGCAACUGAAAGUGUUGAAGAAGAUACAAAAAGAACAGCCUUGAUUAAGAAUCCUCCUUACGUAAGGAAAAGUAGUGUUGAAGAAGAAGAUACAAAAACAGCCUUGAGGAAUCCUCCUUACAUAAGGAAAAGUAGUGUUGGUGAAAUGGAAUGUGAGAAAUCGGUUAGUAGAAGGAAGAGUUUUGAAGUGAAGGAAAGAAGUGAAAAAAUUGGGAAAUUUAAGGAUAUUGCAAGGAGUGAGAGUGCUAGUUUGAGAAGGAUUCCAUCUUCACCAUCGAUAAUUUUGGGCAUGAAAAAAGGUGUGGAUUGCAUUAGAAGGAAGCCGGCUGUGAUGGGUGAUGAUGAGGAUGUGGAAAACCGUGGGGUAAAUGGUAAUUUUAUCAAGUCUUCUUAUAAGGUGAUCAAGAAAGUAGUAAAGAUGUAGUUUUGCAACUUUUAGUUGCAAGUAUAGUGUGUUGGUAUUUUUUUUUACGGUGAAUAAGUGAGUGAACUAUUAUGUGUGUGUGAUUCGUUGUCUUGUCAUGCUUGGUUUGUGUGUGUGCAUAUUCUAAAUCGAAGAGGAUGCAGAAAAUUUUAUUCUGUAAAAGGGGUUAAUUCUUUCAAUAUCAUUACUAUUUUGGAUUUCAA